AAAAGUUGCAACGGGCGCUUGCAUUUUGCGGUGAGGCUGAUGAAGUGGGGGGUGGGGAGCCCAGAGACGGGUGUGUGUGUGUGUGUGUGUGUGUAUGUGGAAAAAAUUAAGUAUAUAGUUUGGAGGCAUUCUUACUGGAAUCGCAAAAUUAGAGUAGGCUGUGCAUUAUGUGCCUUUGAGAGGUUGUUGGUGAAAUGUUGAGAUGACCCUUAAGGCAGCUUUGAUUUGGGCAUGGUGAAAAAUGUGUUAGGAAGGUCAGUUUCCAAAGAAUACAAAGGGAAAUUUAGGGUAGCAUUAUAAUAUAUGUACAGCUUCAUCUAUACGCAUAUUUCAUUUUAAACAAAUAUUGUGCCUAGUGUGCAUUUUGCUUUUACAAAUAUUUCUUACCCGUGAAAAGUGUUGUUGAAUGCAAAGAUUUACUGCAUUUUCAAUUAAACCCUGCUGAAUUCUUGUUGCAAGUUGUAACCAUGGAGGUAACACUUCAUAUUGCGACAGGAUGCUGUGAAACUGUGAAAAGAGAUUUUGGAGGGAUAGGUAGGGAAUCCAACCAUGAAGUAGCAAUUCAUAGAUUAGUAGAAAUAAAUGUGGAACUUUUCGGAUAGCAAACAUAAUUUGUCUUUUAGUGCCAUUCAAGAUAUAUAAACAACUUUGAAUAUCAGCUAAUUUGUUGUCUUCUACCACCAUGUGUUAGAAAUCUGGAAAUAUAUGAUAACAUAUUGUACUACAAUUUAAGAUUGUAGCUUAAAUAGACAUUAUUUGACACUGAAAACUGUAAUAGACAUCAUUUUCAUAUUUAGUUAUUAGGAAAUGAAGAUAAAACCAAUUUCAAAUAUUUCAAUUGUAUUUGUUUACAUUCUGUGGUGGUUUUAAGAUCUACGCUAGCUUAAAUGUAGAGUUUGAUUUGAAAGAUGGCUUAUAUUGAAUGAAUAAACAAAAUCAUUUUUCAGUGAGUGCAGCGGAAAUGCACUUAGUUUUGUUACAUACAUACUGGUGUAUUAAGGCCACUAUUACAGUCCCUUACAAAAUAUUGCUAAUAAAAGAGUACACUAUAAUACAAAGUAUCUUUUGUGAUUUACACUCAUUCCGCCACUAAGAUAUUUUUUCAUGUUUGACAGCUGUAUAUAUUUCUUGAUAAAUAACUUUACAUGUACUUUUUUUAAAAAUAUACAUAAAGCCUCAAUUGCUAAUUGCUAUUCUAAAUUAUUGGAUACACUAAAAACAAACAUUCUCAAACUUUCUUCCUUGAUAAUAGGAAAAUUUUUAUAUCUAUAAACACAGUAAAAUGCAUAACAAAAACUGACUACAUUUUGCUAUAAAAAUCAAGACAUUUCCUUUAAUUUUAUUUAUUCUUUAGAUCUAUAUUCCACCUUUCCAGGAGUUGAAGGCAAUAUACAUACCGCUGUUUCUCUGCGUGUUUAUGAGAUGUAAAACUGCUGAGUUGAAUAUAGUAGAACUCCCAGAAGCAUGUGUUAGAGUCCUUGUGGAUGCUCGUGAGAAACUUCAUAUUCCAUGGGGAAAUCCUGCUAAUCAAACAAAUGGCGACAAGAUGAUGGCCUUUGAUACCCGUUCAGAAGUGGUGCAAGGGAUGGUGCAAACCUAUACUUUCUUACAGUAUCUUCCAACAGUAAGAGCUUUGUGGGCAGACACUGGUAUCCAGCAUGCUUAUGACAGACGCAGAGAAUUUCAAUUGGGAGAAUCUAUAAAAUAUUUUCUGGACAAUUUGGAUAAACUUGGAGAUGCAGAUUAUCUUCCUUCCCAGCAAGAUAUUCUGCUAGCACGAAGACCCACAAAAGGAAUACACGAGUACGAUUUUGAAAUUAAAAAUGUUCCCUUCAAGAUGGUUGAUGUGGGUGGCCAGAGGUCAGAAAGAAAACGUUGGUUUGAGUGCUUUGAUAGUGUCACUUCAAUAUUAUUCCUGGUUUCAUCAAGUGAGUUUGAUCAGGUACUUAUGGAAGAUCGGCUAACAAAUCGUCUUACAGAAUCUUUGAACAUUUUUGAAACUAUAGUCAACAAUCGGGUUUUCAGCAAUGUGUCCAUCAUUCUCUUUCUAAACAAGACAGACUUGCUUGAGGAAAAAGUGCAAAAAGUGAGCAUCAGAGACUAUUUCUCAGAGUUUGAAGGGGACCCUCACAACUUAACAGAUGUCCAAAAAUACCUGGUGGAUUGUUUUCGCACCAAACGUCGGGACCAGCAACAGAAGCCCUUAUACCACCAUUUCACCACUGCUAUUAAUACAGAAAAUAUUCGUCUGGUAUUCCGUGAUGUCAAAGAUACCAUCCUUCAUGACAACCUCAAACAGCUCAUGCUACAGUGAUGUUGAAAAGACUGAUUUCUGUUAAUAGUUUACAGCAGGAGCUUAAAAAGUAAACCUGGUCUUGUCAGACCUCAUGAUGUGUGGGUAAAAGCUGCUGCUGUUCUUAUUGCCAAUUUUUCUUAAAAUCAAAAUCUCUUCCUGUUCAUUAUUUUGAAUCAGUUGUAACCUUUAAUAGACUUUUUUAAAGCUAACUCCAGGUUUUAAAUUAUUCUGUCUUUUUCAACUAUAAAGUCUAAACUAUUAACUUGUAGAUAUGAGCUUGAAUGAAAUUAUUUGGAAACAUGCAAAGUUCUUUCAACUGGUUGGAUUUUAAGAAUGCUAUUGAAGAGUUUUCCUGACUUAGACAACCACCACCAAUUGUUUUAUAUGGUAAAUGGCUUUGCUUUGUCAAAUAAUUAACCUUUAUUUCAAGUUUACAAAUGCACUUCUACUUCCAUGCCAAUAGAAAGUGCUUUUAGAUGGUACCAGAAAAAAACAAAAGUUGCCACUGAGUAUUUCAGUCAAAAUGAAUCAUACAUAGGAAUUCUUGGUCUUGUUUGGUUUUUGCUAGAUCAUAUAGUUUGACAAAACCCCAUGAUUUUACAAUUUGGGCCUCAGCUAACUUAAACCAAAAAGCUGUGUCCUGCAGUUUUGAGAGUCCUUCUCAGUUGCCAUGAAUAAGCCAUUGUCUGAGAACACUCCUUUUUUUCAUUUACUAAGAUAUUGUGAAUUGGAUAAUGGUGGAAGUCAAACACAAAAUUUGUUUUUCCCAAACAGUAAUUCAAUUUAUAGAUGUCAAAUCUAGCUUAUUAAAGAAAGCUAACACACUGAGUAUAUACAGCUGUAGUUGACAGUAGUGGUCAUUAUAUUAACUAAAAAAACCUAAAAUUGAAUCAAAGUGUAAAGCAGCUGAAUGAUAUUAGAGAAAUGACACUUUAAAAGGGGUAAAAUUAAAAAAAUAUUCCACCUUUUGGCUAAGUUACCACAUGUUGAAGACUUAAUUUUGCAAUGAAAUAGUCAGUAAAAAUAAUAGCUUUGUUGAUGCUUUGGUACUGGUCAAAAGCCAGUGUUAUCUGUUAUUCUGAAUAUCUUUAAUUAUACAUUUUAUUCUAGGUUUUACCAUAUUGAGCUUUAAAGAGGAUAUUUACAAAAGGGAUUGACACCUGGGUUCUAAUGUUUAAUGCAAUAAAAUAUAUUUGCUUUCCUUAAGAACAAAAACAAUUAGCAAUUUUCCCUUCUUUGUUUCAUUUAUUACACAAGCCAAAUCUAGUCAUUGUUCUAAAAGGAACCCAACUACUCUGUAAUUUUUAUAAAAGGAAAUCAAUGUUUUUAUAUUUUGGAAAAAUAAAUUUUGCCAUUCGUUAGAUUAGGAUAAUUAAGUCUUUGUGCCAAUUGAAUGCUUGAGUAAUAAUUGGCCUAGUCCAGUACCGGUAAAUGGUUAACUGAUGCAGUAUCUUAUAAUCUAAAGUGCCUCUUGGUUGUUAUUUCUUAAACUAAUAGUGGCCUUACAGUGAAUACCAGUUUAGCUGGUUGUAGGAAAAGAGCUUCAAAAUCAUAACAGACAAUAGAGUGCAAAUAAAUGAUCAUUGCGUUUUUGCUAGAGUACAAAGCCAACAUAAUCAGAACCUUCAGUAUUCUAGGGUGAAACAAAAUGAGGGAAUGCCAUUCAUUCUUUACUGGUAUUUAGAAUGCUACCAGCACUGUUAAAAAGAGGGAAGUGAAUGGUUUUUUUCAAGACCUUUUAAACCUAGACUUUAAAAAAAGUACUUCUAUCUAGCAGUUAAAACCAUCAGAAGUUGAAAUAAAACUUUACAUACAAAAAUGAAAUAUAAAUUUUACAACUCUGCUUACAGAGUAUUGUUUGGAGCAGGGGUGUCAAACUGGCGUCCUGUGGGCCAGAUGCAUCACACACAGGCUACACCCAUCCAGGCUGACGGCAAUGUGACGCGGCGAGUUUGACAUCCGUGGUUUAGCGUAUCCAUUUUCCUUUGUACUCCCAAAAAAUCACUUUUAGAGGACAGUAAGAAAAUUUGUUAAGGUAAUAUUUCAUUCUGGAAAUAAAAUUCCAGAAUAAAAUAUAAUAGAACACGUUAACGUAAGUGAUCAUUAUACUCUCAAUAUAUUUCAUGCAAAUGGGCUUACAUGUAUUUUAAGUAGCUAUAAGGGACUUCAAUUUUAAUUAUAGGAGAUGCUGGUUUUUCCCUUCUUCCACAGAUCUGCUUCUCUCCCCAUUAGUCAUAUAUACAAAAUUUGAGAGUGGCAGAAUUGGUAGGAAAAAUAAUCCAGAGAUAGAGUUAGUUAAGUAGUUCUUUUCCCAGGCAUUUCUCCCUCAAUUUAUUGUGGACUUUUUUGCUUUUUUAAAAAAGAAUUAUUGGAAGGAUAAACUGUUGUGCCAAUUUUUGAUAACUGAAAUGCUGGCAGAGCGCUUGGGCCCACAGGUACCCCCGACAGGAGUGAUGUCAAGUCCCCCCCCCAGGUCAAAUACAAUCCUGAUGCAGCCCUCAAGGAAAUCGAGUUUGACACCCCUGCUCAAGUUCAUCGCUGUUUUUUUUCUUUCUUUUUCCUCUUUUUCUAUUAUUAUGGACUCUAAACAUUGUUGGGUACGGAUUUUAAUGUCCUCUUUGAGGUAUCUGGUUAUUUUUAAAUAUAAUUUUUAAUGUGUUAUAAUGGUCUAAAAUAAAACAGGAGUUAAAAAAAUCUUGCUAACAAGAGUGGCUUAAUUUUCUCAAGUACAAUUCUUUGUUGCCAGAGGCCUUCAUAUAAACAUUUUUUACAAACGUUUUUAAAUAUUCUUUUUAUUUGGUGCAAUUGUUUUUCAAAUUCAUGAGGACUUUUUAAAAAGUAUCUAAAUUACUUUGAUUUUGACUUCAAAACCACUGGCCUUUUUGUAUUUUGUAUUUUUUAUAAAAUUCAGUAUUUUAAAAUCUAAAUGCAGAGGUAUUUAAGUUCUUGCAUACUUAAUUUCCUUAAACUUUAACCAGGUCAUUUUUUAAAAAUAAACACAGUUUUUAGCCUUGUGCCUUAUUUUGUAGAAACUCAAUGUAGAAAACCAUUUCUAAAGGCUUGAGAAAUCCUCUAUUUUCUCACUGUGAAAUAGGUGAAAAUACAGAAUAGAACGGAGCUUUGUCUCAUUCCCAAUUUCCUGUACUGAUAAUGCCAAAGAGUAGUUCGAAUAUAACAUUGAGAAAACAAAGAAAUUGGAAGGAUCAUCCUGAUGCUCUGUGACCACAGUCUGGCAGAUGCUUUUCUCUCAAGUUAAAUUUGACUCUGUUUUGAACAGAACUGGACGUUCAUUGUAUUUCUACAAAUGUUGCUGAACUGCAACUGCAGUUAUUCUUCCUAACUGGUUAUGUCAGCUUGCAUUGCUAAAAACUAACAUUCAACUUUAGACAACUAUACAUUGCCUGGCCCUAUUUUAAAGGAUAAAUUUAAAUUGAAAUAACAGCAACAAAUUUCUUCUUAAGCUGUUGGUUAGGUUUUGUGUGUAUUAUGAUCAUCGGUUCAAAAAGCAGUUAAGAACUUCUGAUCAAUGGUACAACAACUUAAGUCUUAUUUUAAAAUCUAGUUAAAAUAUACAGCACUGUAAUAGUGUCCUUGGCAGUUUUGUUUAUCUUAUACCUGAAAGCAGAUGAUUGGCAAUUAUUUAACACUGCUUUCACUUUCUUCAACAGCAGCAACAGGUUAUGUAUUAUAAAGUCAUUUGUAAAACAUUUUGUAAUGACCCCACAGAAUCCUUAAUGAAACCAUGAUUUGUAUUACUUUUGUAUAAAUGAGGGAUAUGUUUUAUGACUAUACUUUUGAAAUAUGUGUAUCUUCUGUAACUUUCUAGGGAAGAAGAGAAUCUACUACUUUGUAAAUUCGCCCCACCCAUCCCUUUUUGUCCAUGGUUGGCAAUAAAUUAUUUCUAAAGAAAGUCUUCAAAUGUAUCAUUUAAAAUGGUUUGAUUACUAAAAGAUGAAACUUUCAUUUAGUUGUACAUUGCUCUUUGUACAUAAUUUGCAAGUGUUCAAGCCAUUAAUACUGCCUUGUGUAAAGUAAAUUACUGACAGUAAAUAAACAAUAUACAUCCUCAUGAA